AUGUUGAGAGCUCAAAAGCUACAUUCGCUGAAAUCUUCUGAUAUUACUGCUAUUCUACCCACCGAACAGUCACAGAAAUUAGUUUUAGCCAAGAAAAAUGGUGAUGUUGAAGUUUACUCUCGGGAUGGCAAUACGCAUAAACUGUUUCAGGUGUAUCCAGACCUUUUACAAAAUGCCAAAAAUGAUCCUUCGUCCCCAUUCAUCGAAAAUUUCUACUUUGCAAACGAACUCUCUACUAUCUUUGCACAGUGUAAAGAAAUCUUAAUUCUACUCAGUACUACAAAUUUACACGAAUAUGAUCGAAUAAUAGACAGAAGAGGCAUAAAGCAUUGCUGGCUAUUUGAAAGGUCACACAAAAACAAAGAGGAAAAAAAUACUUAUUUAAUUUAUUCAACCAUCAACACUACCAAGAUGAGAGUAUUAGUAUGGGAGGGGAGAACGUAUAAAAAUAUGAUGGAAGCAUCAUUAUCUUAUAGGAAAGAAACUAUUCGGUCCAUAUAUCCUGGAGAAACAGGAAUUGUCCUAGCAACAGAUUUGGGCAUCUAUCAUUGGCCAUAUAACAAGCCCUCCCUAAUCAGAAUUGAAAAAACGGUAAGAAACAAAUAUCCAAAGGAUAUGAUAUCGGCGUUAACAGCACUUAGGGAUCAAGCAGAGAAAAUCAUCGAAAAAAGCCCCAAAAAGCAUAAUCGUUACGAUAUUCAAUCCCUUUCUUCCAUGGAUAGAAUGUCGAGAAAGUCAAGUGUGUCGAGCCUAUGGUAUAGAAGCAUAGGGAAUGAACGUGGCAACAAGAUACGAUAUAUUUUUGAAUUGGAAGGCGAAGACACUACUCCCAUGAUAAUUGAUGGUACCACCAAGAAGCUCUUCAGACUAGAGUCAAUGCAUAACAAAGAAGAGCCAUUUUUAAUCGCUACUGAUCAUACCGCAUUUUCCGAGUCAAAUUCCGAAUUCGAUCAUAUAAAAUAUUUGUCGUCCCACUUGCUAAUGCUCUAUAAUUCGGAUACCAUCAAGUUCGUAGAUUAUGCAAAUGGAUUCACUUUUCUACAACAAAAAAUACCAGAAGGUAUCAAAUGGGUCAAGAGUCUUUCCGGAACUUAUUUUUUGGUAUGGACUCUGAAUGACGAAAUACAGUUAUUCUCUUAUCAUGUAGAUGAUGACUCUGAUGAUAACGAUGAAGAGUCCAUUUGCGGUGACAUUAAUGAUCCCGACUUUAAUCAACUAUGGAGAAAAGUACUUUUUUAUAAAUUUUUCAUCGAUUCCCCUCACUCUAAAGAAUUAUGCGUUUCAGAGGACCCUGAAGGAUCCUUGGAUAUAUGUGCUAUGAAACUAAGGGAUUUGACGGUGAUGUGGUGUUUAAGAAUUUUUGAUAAAUUUCAAGGUUAUAUGGUUCAACUGGAAAGUAGCAACAACUCAAAAGUGCUUCGUUCUAAAUGUGAAGAACUAAUCACUAAAGAUAUUUUCGACCUGUUUAUCAAAUUUUGGGCCCCACCUCAAUUAGUAAUAUUAAAAGUGUUUCCCUCAGCCAUUUCAAGUUUGGUAUCAGAAAUUACCGGCCAAGAACAUCAUUGUUUGUUAAAGGAAACCGAGGAGAUCAAAGAGACGUAUGACAUCCCACCACAUUUAUUGAACAGGUGGUGUCUGCCUUACCUCACCGAUACUAGGCGACAUUUACAGAACUUGCUUAGCCUAAAUCAAGGCGAUGAGAGCCGUAUAACUUGGCGUUAUCGCGAUCGCAAAAUCGAGCAAAGUUUUGAUUUUUUCCUCAUCAAUAACCACGAUGAUGUAGGUCUUAAAACAAUGUUAACUUUAAUAGACACGGUUUUAUUCAAGUGCUAUCUUUACUAUAAUCCUCCAAUGGUGGGUCCAUUCAUCCGUGUAGAAAAUCACUGCGAUUCACGCGUCAUAGUAACCGAGUUGAAAAUACGCCAUAUGUUCAAAGAUCUAAUCGAUUUUUAUUAUAAGCGAGGUAAUCAUGAGGAGGCCUUGAGAUUCCUUACCGGAUUGACUGAUGAAUUGGAGUCCGAUGAUACGGACCAAAAACAACGUCAAAAAAUUGAGCAUGGUAUCAAGAUUUUGGUCAUUUAUUAUCUAAAAAAAUUAUCGAAUCCACAAUUAGAUGUCUUAUUUACUUACACCGAUUGGCUUAUAGAAAGACACAGCGGCUCGAUUCAAGAAAUUCUUUCAUCGAUAUAUUUUUAUGAUUCUCAAGCAUGCAAUGGUAGGGACCAUUUAAAAGUAUAUGAGUACAUCAAAAAGCACGAAAAGUCGCUUGCAACCCAAUAUUUAGAGUUUGCAAUCAGCACCUUCAGAUUAGAAGGGAAUAAUUUGCAUACUAUCCUAAUCAAAUUGUAUCUUGAGAACUUGGGUAUCCCCUCCACGAGAAUUAAACUAAAGUCACUUUUAGAGACAACGUCUGUCUAUGAGCCCAGAACAAUAUUGAAAUUACUGAAUGAAACUAUUGAGAAUGAAUCGGAUCGAUCACCCACAAAUGAGCUAAACUUCGUAAAAUAUUUGAAGAUCUUUCCUCUAUCAAGACUAGAAAAUCAUAAGGAAGCCAUACAUAUACUGCUUGACGAAAUAGAUGAUUACAAAGCCGCAACAAAUUACUGCGAUGACGUAUAUCAAGAAGACUCGACAAAAGGUGAGGACAUUCUGUUGUACCUAUACGAUAAACUAGUUUCUAUAUAUGAUUCGAAUGGAAAUUCCAAGCUGAUCUUGGGAUUUUUGCAAGAUCAUGGCUCAAAAUUGAAUUCGGUUGAAAUAUACAAAAACUUACCCCUGGAUCUUUCCUUGUAUGAUAUUGGUAGGGUAGUAUCGCAACUAUUGAAGAAACAUUCUUCAAAAAAGGACGAAACAGGGUUAGAAAAGGGCCUACUCCAGGUAGAACUUGUUACCACUUCUUACAAGCUCAAUGAUCGUUUAUCAUCAUAUGGAGUUCUGUCGGACAGCCACAAAUGCCCCAUUUGUAAGAAAAUAAUUUCAAAUUUUGGAACAGAUUCCAUCUCUUGGUUUACUAGGGAGGGCAGAAACAUCAUCACGCAUUAUAACUGUGGAAAAGUUCUACAAGAUCGAUUUAGCGCUCAAAACGAAAAAUCUUCGAAAACUAAACAAAAGACUUUAGGAGAACUUAUGAAUGAAUUAAAUAAUAAGUAA